AUGGUAUCCUUUAAACGCAAGAUCCUGGCCGUUGCUGCAGCCACCCUUGUCGUCCCUGCCAUUGCGACUCUGAGUGCCGUUGAGAACUCUACCCACUACACGCUUCGAAAUGACAGACUUCAGGUCGCGGUAGCCAAGUCCAAUGGCGCGGUAGUCGAUCUAUUUCUAGAUGGCCAGGACUUGCUCGGUCCGGUCUCUGGCAACACCGGCAAGGGUCCUUAUCUCGACUGUUCGUGUACUCCUUCGGGAUUCUGGACACCCGGAGGCUCUGCAAAGUUUCAGCUUAUCGAGGGAGUUGACUCGACGGGAACAGGUUAUGGGGGAAUUGUCAUGGGCGACACUUUUGCGCAGACGAAUCAAAGCCUGUACCAGUACUGGUUUCUAAGAGAAGGGGAAACUGGGCUGCACAUGUUCUCGCGGGUCACGUAUUUCAACGAAGCGACGCCUUUUCUUCGAGGCUUGGGGGAAUUGCGUACACUCUUCCGUCCUAAUACUGCUCUUUGGACGCACCUCUCCAGUGGUGAUGGCCAUUGGGCGCCCAUUCCAUCCAAGGAGGCAUACUCCAAGGCCGUCACUGUCCAAGAUGCCACGAGCUAUCUCGGAAACACACCCACAGACAACUAUGUCUCACAAUACUCGGAUUACUUUACCAAAUAUAGCUUUGCAGAGGUCUACAGAGAUCACAAAGUCCACGGUCAAUACUCGGAUGGCUCAACUAGUGAUGACGGCAGCACCUUUGGUGCGUGGCUGGUGCUGAACACAAAAGAAAGCUACUACGGUGGUCCGCUACAUUCCGACUUGGUUGUCGACGGGAUUGUUUACAACUAUAUCGUCUCGGGCCAUCAUGGUGCCCCCGUCCCGAAUAUCACUCAUGGGUUCGACCGCACGUUUGGACCGCAAUUCUAUUACUUCAACAAGGGAGAUUCCGGGACGCCGUUGGAGUCUCUGCGGGCUGAUGCCGCCCAGUACGCCGACCCGAAAUGGAAUGCUGAGUUCUACGAUAGUAUCGCUCAGCAUGUCCCCAACCUCGUGCCAUCUGCGAAAAGAACGACGUUCAAGGCCAAUAUCAAGCUACCCAGCAAUUCUAAGCGACCUAUUGCCGUCCUUUCGGAGAAUGACCAAGACUUUCAGCUGAAUGUUUUUGACACGCGGUCGUUUCAAUAUUGGGCGGACGUGGACAAAGCGACAGGUCAUGUAGAAAUCCCUCGUGUCGUGGAAGGGACAUACCGCUUGACCGUGUAUGCAGAUGGAGUUUUUGGCUGGUACAUUCAGGACGACGUUGCAAUUUCCCGAGCGGAUGCCGAUGAGUUCAGCAUUGAGUGGGUAGAGGAAUCAGCCGGCAAAGAGGUUUGGCGAAUCGGCGAUCCAGACAAGUCGGCAGGCGAAUACCGUCAUGGCUAUCAACUCGAUACUUCUAAGCCUCUCCAGCCUCCAGAGUAUCGAAAUUACUGGGGAAACUGGGACUUCGUCGACGAUUUCCCCGAGGGCGUCAACUUCCAUGUUGGGAAGAGCAGCGAGGAACUGGGUCUGAAUUACAUCCACUGGAGCGCGUUCGGUGGCCGAGCGGACUACGUAAGGCCGGUCCCUGUGUACGAAAACGUGAACAACUGGACCAUCACCUUUGACCUAGAGGAGGGUCAACUUGAGGGAGCCAAGCUUGGGACGCUGACGGUCCAGAUCGCAGGGACCAAGACAGCAAACGGGAACGACAAAUGGGGAGGCAACUUUCACCGAUGGAGCAAUCUCCCAUACACGGUCAAUCUGAACAACAAGGACGAGCAGACUUGGGUCAUACCGUACUGGAGAAGCGGAUCUUGUGGAGUGCGGAGCAGCGUGGUGUGUCAAAACAUUGAGCACAAGUUUGUUUUUGACGCGGACCAGUUUCAGCCGGGGAGAAACGAGCUUGUUUUGAGUUUGCCAUUUAACGCGACAACCGAAGAGAGUGCACUGCUGCCCGGAUCUGUUUAUGUACAGUACGAUGCCUUGAGACUUGAGCUGGGCUAG